AUGUCCGGCUCCGACUCCGGCACGACACCCACGGACAUUAUCACCUACAUCGGCGUCCCUCUGGCCGUGCUUGGCGUCCUCCCGAUCCUCUACAACACCAUUGCAACACUCGCCGCUCGAUCCCGCAUCAGGCGCAUGCUCCGUCAUGCCCGCCUGACAGCCCUCACCCGCUCAGACGUUGUGAACCGUGUCAUCGAGGUCGACCUCCCGCGCUACGCCGUCACGCCCUGGGACCGCUUCGAUCACCGCGACGAGUACUGGUCUCUCGCCCGCCACCCUUCCUCUAUCCCUGGCGGCACUUGGACGACCUUCAACUGGCGGACUAAUACCAUCGGCCUCAAGACGCAGAGGGUCGAGUACGCAGACCAACUGCGGCAGCCGCAGGUGGAUGUCACUUUCGACGAGUUGAUUAGCUAUCUCCUGGAUCUCGGCGCCGUUCCUGAUGCUCACGGAUGGAGGCUGCUCAGAAGCACCGGGCUGUGGACUCCCGUCGGCUGCACCCUGAUGCAGAGUCCCGACGGGCAACACGAAGCACUCACCAUCGCACCCCUGAACGAUUCGGACGGCCAUCUGUCGCUGUCUGUGAACUGGUCCUCGCACUGGACUACGAGGAGCCAUGAGUCUCUGCCCCCUUACUGGGUCCGGCUUCUACCAGUUCCCAGCCCGGUGGCUACGACCAUUGAGCAGGAUGACGAAAAGGGCGACAUCGUCAGCGCGGAGCCGGACACGAGUGGCGGGAGUAGCAAGAAGACGGCAUCCCCAACAUCUUCCGUCGCGAGCAUAGCCCGCGCCGCCAAAAACAACACCCAAAACCCAAUAGCCUGCAAAAUCUCCUCCCACGGCCUCAUAAGCGCAAUCCCGGAAGAUGCAGACCAUUCCCCCACGAGCCUCUACAUCGAACACCUCCGCAUCCGCCCGGGUCACACCGCGGGGAUAUGGUUCGCCAGCGCCGCCACGGCCUACGGGACGUCAAGCGCAACCAUCCUGUGGAACUACCGCAUCCCGGACGACGUCCUAGCCUUUGCGCGGGGCUCCUCCGUGCCCUGUGGUGUCCUCGAGGUCCUGGGCAUCGUCGACGACUCGCAGACACCCGAGUGGGCAACCUCGCACAACGACAUGCGGGAUAACCUCGACAUCAUCCACAGGAGGAUGCGGGAUCAGAUGAAUGCCAUCUCGGCCGAGGCGCAGAUGGAUCCGGUGAGGAGGGAGCAGGCCGUUCGGCAGCGAAUGCGCAAGGAGUCUGAUCAGCACAUGGACGACGUCCGAGACAGAAUGCGCCUCGACGCCCGCCGUCGAGAAACCCGCGCCCACGAAGCGAUCCAGUCCCCCAAAUGGGACGCCGCCCUCGUCGCCUCUCACACCCUCCCCUGGCUCCAGCAGCACAGCCACCUACCGGCGGGUGUCACGCUCCGCUCCGUCGCGGCGGGCCUGCUCCACCGCAUGCUCCUCGACGGUGCGUUUGCCGAGGAGCUCUGCGCCGUACUCGACAAGUGGAAGGCGUGGGCCGAUAACGGCGGGAUGCGCAAGUCGGACCUCGAGACGCUGCGGGAGGGGCCGCGGGCUCUGGAGACUUUUGCGCUGGCGAGCCUUUUAGUUGCUGUUAUUCGGGACGUCGGCGGUGCGGCGGAGGGGUCGAUGAGUAUGGAUUUGCAGGAGUGUUUGAGGAUGUGGCGACAGGUGAGGUUGGGUUAA